GUGGCUUCUGGAAAUAGCGGAAGUUGUUCGCGCUUCACGGGAAACCACGUGUUUCGCUAGGAAAGUAACCCUGCGUGAUGUGUAAAUACUGAGGCGGUUUGUGUCUGUAAACAAAGCAGCAUCAUGUCAUCAAAGAAAGAGUCGAGCGCUGAUGAGCGCUUCGCCCGCGUCAAGAAGGACCCGCGCUUCUGGGAGAUGCCGGAUAUGGAGCAGAAAGUGCGCAUCGACAAGCGCUUCCAGUCCAUGUUCCACGACGAGCGCUUCAAGCUGAAGUACACGGUGGACAAACGCGGCCGUCCCGUCAACCACACGUCCACCGAGGACCUGAAACGUUUCUACAAACUUUCAGACUCGGAGCAGAGCGACACCGAGGCCGCACCGGACGAGCAGCAGGAGAAGAAGAAGAAGAAGAAAAAAAACGUGAAGGCACAAGCAAAGGUGGAUGAGCUUCAGGACAAAGAGAAGGAACUUGACAAGGGGGAGGAGCCUGUGUCUAAGAAAACCAUUAAGAAAAUGUCGUUAAAAUCUGAGCCAGUUAAAGGAGUGCAAGUUGUGGAAGAAGAUGAUGACGAUGACGUUGACAACGACGAUGAAGAAUACAGUGACACCGAUAAUGGAGAAGGUCUCUCUGAUGAUGAUGAUGAUGAUGUGGAAGUUGAAGAUGGUGAAGACGAUGAUGAAGACGAGAGUGAGUCGGAGGAUGACAGUGACAGCGGUCCUGACCUGGCCCGAGGAAAAGGUAACAUCGAGACGAGCUCCGAGGAUGAGGAUGAUGAUGAGGAGGAUCUCCUGCAGCAUGAGGAAGAGGAGAUAGAACAUGACUGGGGGGAGAUGUGGAAGGAUGCCCCAUGUGCCGAGCAGGUCAGUUCCAGGUUAGCAGUGUGUAACAUGAACUGGGACCGGAUUAAAGCUAAAGACCUUCUGGCUCUGUUCAGUUCCUUUAAACCUAACGGAGGAGUGGUGCUGUCCGUCACGAUCUACCUCUCAGAGUUCGGUAAAGAGAGGCUGAAGGUGGAGCAGACUCAGGGCCCUAUGGAGCUCACAAGCCUCCCAGACGACCCCGACGCAGACACCGAGGAUCAGAGGAUCUAUAGGGAGAAGGUGCGAGAUUAUCAGUUUAAGCGUCUGCGUUAUUACUACGCCGUGGUGGAGUGCGACUCGCCCGAAACUGCUGCCAAGAUCUACGAGGAGUGCGACGGCUUUGAGUACGAGAGCAGCUGCUCCACGCUGGACCUGCGGUUCAUCCCUGACGACAUGACGUUUGACGAUGAACCGAAAGACAAAGCGAUGGACGUGGAUUUGUCCACCUACAAACCCAAACUCUUCACCUCCACCGCCACCACUACAGCUAAGGUGGAGAUAACAUGGGACGAGACGGAUCACGAUCGCAUCACCACCCUCAGCAAGAAGUUUAACAAAGACGAGCUCCUCAACAUGGACUUCCAGGCCUACCUGGCUUCCUCCAGCGAGGAUGAGGAUGAGGACGAUGAGGUUGAGGCAGAAGAGGCGAAGCCGGUGAACCUUGCGACGGAGGAGAAGAAAGGAGGGAAGAAAGGCAAGAAGGAGGAAGAGCAGAUCGCUAAAUACCGUGAGCUCCUGCAGAACAUCCAGGAUAAAGAAAAGAAGGACAAGGACAAGGACAUGGAGCUGGAGAUCACGUGGGUGCCAGGAUUAAAGGAGAAUGCAGAAAAAUUGGUGAAGAAGAAGAUGGAGGGAAAAGACAAAAUGACUCCAUGGGAGGAGUUUCUAGAUAAGAAAAAGGGGAAAAAGAAGGAGAAGAUGAAAGGGCAGAAGGACGUCGAAGCCCAAGAACAGGCCGCGAUCAGCGACGACGAGCUUCCUCCUGACGUCGACAUGGACGACCCCUUCUUCUCUGAGGAGCUGGGAGGAUCUACAGGGACGGCCCAGAAAGUCAAGAAAUCGAAGAAAAACAAAAAGGGGGAGGAGCAACUAACAGCUGAUGAGGAGGCGGAGCUUGAGAAACGGAAGGCUGAAAUGGCUCUCCUGAUGGACGACGAUGAAGACGAGAAGCACCGCCAUUUCAACUACGAUCAGAUCGUGGAGCAGCAGAACCUGAGUAAGAAGAAGAGGAAGAAGCUCCUGAAGAGCAACACGCUGCCAGAGGAGGACAACUUCAAGGUGGAUUUACAGGACCCGCGCUUCCAGGCCAUGUUCACAUCCCACUUGUACAACCUGGACCCCUCGGACCCGGCCUACAAGACGACCAAAGGCACUCGGAGCAUCCUGGAGGAGAAGCAGAGGCGGCGAGAGGAGCAGCAGCGAUGUCAGCAAGAGGCACACAAGAGCCAGGAGAAACCCAGCAACAAAUCAGAGGAGAAAGAGAGCACAGGUAUCGGGGCGACGACGACAGAACCGACGUCGGCCGCCCUGGACCCGAGUCUGUCUUUACUUAUCAAAUCUGUGAAGAAAAAGACUGAGCAGUUCCACGCUCGCAAGAAACAGAGGAUGAAAUAGAUCAAGGACAUUGUGAUUUGUGUUUUAGUGUGUGAACUGAACUCAUUUAUACAAUUUCUGAUGUACAGUUGUUUUGUACGAGAGACGUUACGAUUUAACAAAACUAUCCCAUCAAACAUUAAGGUCGUCUGAGGUCUGAAACACAGCCGUAGGAACCGUGAGGCUGAUAUAAAUGGCUGUUAUGGCAAAGUUAUUUAUUUAUUUUUUUGCCAGCUUUACAUCGAAAACGAAAGAUCUGAACAAAACUCAGACGCUUCUGAUAUUAGCAUGUUUGUGGAUGUUUAAAAAGUUGUUAGCGUUCUUGUUCUUGGAUGACUGGAGCAGAACCCACUGUGGUCUUCUGCUCCUGUAGCCCCUCCGCAUGGUGGUUUGAUGCGUCGUGCCUCUUGAGAUGCUUUAAUGCUCACCACGGUCGUAAAGCGUGACCAGUCAGGUUACUGUAUAUACACCGCAAUAACACAGCUCUCAUCUCGAAGGUUUUUUAGAAGGUCAGCCGACAUCGUUAAGAAUCCGACACAUUUAAAGAAGCUGUCUUUCUGUCCUUGUCACAGAUGCCAUGCAGAGACUUUCGAGCGAUGCUGUAAAACAUCAUUAAAUCAACAAUAAUGACAGUAUCCACAAA